AUGAUUACAUUGAUAGUCUGGAGCAGCGUUUGCUUAACCUUGAAGGCUUUGCCUUGGACUUCGUUCCACUCUCCUUGCCAGCCGCCCCGGCUCCCAUCACCCCUGAGCGACAGUCAACACUGCCUACCAAAGCCUUGCCCGGCAACAAGCCUCUGGCAACAAGACGUUGCCUGGCACCAAGCCUAUCAACAAGCCUUCCACAGGCAACGGCCCUCGCACCCGCUCAUCCUCACCCUCGCCCGGGACCAAGACCUCGCCUGGCAAGCCACGCCGGGAGCGUUUGGUCCGCUCGCUUCAGCCCUGCGCCCGUUCAACCUGCGGCACCGCCUUUGCCUCGCGCAGUCAGCUAUUUAUUCAUUUACAUAA